AAUCACACACGUCACUCAUUCGUACCCGGGGAUAGUUUAAAAAAUUCAAUUAACAUGGGAAAAAUGAAGAUUUUUCCUCAAUUAUUUUUAAUUUUAUUAAUUAAAUUAUUAUCUGUGAUUAAUUCAACAAAUGCUAAUGAAGUCUUGGGAUGUGGUGGAUUUAUAAAAUCUCAUGCAGAUAUUGAUUUCUCAAAAGUAGAAAUUAAAUUACUAACCAAACAAGGCAGCUUAAAAGACAAAACCGAUUGUUCUCCAUCGAAUGGGUACUAUUUUAUUCCGGUCUAUGAUAAAGGAGAGUACAUUCUUAAAAUAUCUCCUCCACCCGGCUGGAGUUUUGAACCCGAACAAGUUGUAUUGAAUUUCAAUGGCAAAACCGAUAUCUGUAGUCAGGGCAAAGAUGUUAACUUUGCCUUCAAGGGAUUCGGUAUUACAGGAAAAGUAGCCUUGGCGGGAUUCCCAACUGGGGCUCGAAAUGUUGCCGUGGAAUUGAAAUCCAAGGACGGUUCUGAUACCCGACAAACUACAACCGAUAUUAAUGGAAUCUUUUCAUUCACACCAAUCAUUCCUGGGGAAUAUAUUGUCAAAGCAUCGCAUCCAAAAUGGCAUUUCGCCAAAUCCGAACACAAUGUUGUAGUGGUCAGUGGAAAUACUGAAUUACCACCAAAUUCAUUGGUUGUGUCAGGAUUUGAUGUUAUUGGCAAAGUAGAUAGCAAUGGUCAGACUUUCACAGGCAUUGGAGUAGCUUUGUUUAAGGAUAAGGAUAAUUCUCUCUCAUCCAAAUGCCAAAAUGGUGCUCAACCAAUUGCCCUUGGCAAGACUUCAUCUCAAUAUUUGACUUCAUCGAUUUGUUACACUCAAGUUGAAAAGAAUGGAGAGUAUUUGUUUAAAGGUGUUGCUCCAGGCAAAUAUCUUGUCAAGACGGUUGUUGAAAACAAAAAUUUGAAACUUCAUAUUAAUCCAGAUCAAUUGGAAAUUGAAGUAGUCAAGGAUACACUUGUUAUGAAGAAUGGAUUUCAGAUAACUGGAUUCAGUGUAUCUGGCAAAGUGCGUGCUAGUCCCGGAGGCAAGGCAAUCCCAAAAGCCACCAUUAAACUAAACGGCCAAGUUGUAGCGACUACAUCUAACGAUGGAAGUUACACACUCGAAAAUGUCAAAGCUGGCACAUUUAACAUUCAAGUUGAAGCAGAAAAUCUUCAAUUUGACGAAAAAGUAAUGAAGAUUCAACUUUCUGAACCAAUUCUGCCUGAAAUUGUUGCUUCAGCAUUUAAAGUUUGUGGCAAAGUCAUAUCGAAGAAAUCUUAUGUUGUUGGAAUAACUAAACACGGUUCGACUUUCCACACUACUGCAUCAUCAAAAGCGGAAACUGGCGAAUGGUGUACAUAUCUUCCCAGUGGAAAAUUCUCAAUUGAAGUUCUAACAACCGAUGCCGACAAAGCCGGUGGCAUACAAUUUUUCCCAGUUAACCAAAACUUAGAAGUAAAUGCUUCACCAAUGUCUGGAAUUACAUUCUCACAGUUAAGAGCUACUCUUGUGGGAGAGAUUAAAUGCUUGCCAGAUGCUCCUGAAUCAUGUACUGGUGCUGAAGUUACUUUGUUGAGUUUGGAUUCAGUUGGACAACCAACGGGACAGAAACAAACUGUGAAAGCUAAAAAUGGAAAGUAUUCCUUCAAAGAGAUCCUUCCUGGUCCAUAUGAAUUGAACAUCCCACAAUCAAGCCUUUGCUUUGAAUCGACAAUGGGACUGAUCAAUAUUAACUCUGCUUCCGAAACUGCUCCGCCAUUUAUUCACAAAGGAUACGAAGUCUCUAUAAUUUCUAGUCACAGGACAAUCAUGCACUAUGGACUGACAGCUAAAGAAGAUGCCAAGACACCUCUUAACGUCAUGAAAAUCAUGUCUGGAGUAAAUACUUUCUGUGUUCCCAAAGCCGGAGAAUACAGCAUCAAAUUAGAAAGUUGUCAUCUGUAUGAAUCCACAUUGCCAAAGACAUUCAAUACUUAUGACAAAAAUCCAGUAAUGUUUACAGCUGUUGCACACAAAAUUGGAGUCAGAGUGUUGUCUUCCGAACAAAAUAUUGAUUCUCUUCAAUUAUUGAUUGAAUCCAAAUCUGGCAAAGAGCAAGUGACCCUUACAUCUGAAGGUCACAAAGUCGACAACUAUCACUCGUUCCGUUAUGAUACUUACCUCAAGCCCGAAGAAGCCAUUACAAUCAAACCCCAAAGUAACAUUAUGUUGUUCAAACCCGUUGCCAAGGAACUUGUGGGAGGCAAUGAUUGCAUUGAUAUCGCAUUCAAUUUCAUUGCAACCAAAGGUUUAAUCAUCAAUGGAAAAAUCAAACCAGCAAUUGGAAAUGCUAAAGUUACUUUAGCAUUCCCCAACAAUCCAGAAUUAGAAUCACAAUCAGCUCAGUCAUCUGCAACUGGUGAAUUCAAAUUUGGACCAAUUGACGAAAGUUUGGAUUAUGAAAUUAGCGCAGAGAAGGAAUCUUAUGUAUUCUCGGAAUACAACAAGGCAACACAUUCUUUCAGUGCUCACAAGUUGUGUGAGAUUGUUGUGUCAGUUAAGGAUGAUUUGGGCAACAAAUUGAGUGGAGUUUUGUUGUCUCUUAGCGGAGCUGAGAGUUAUCGAAAGAAUUUAGUUACUGGCGAUAAUGGAGCCAUUAACUUCCAUUCUCUCUCACCAAGUGAAUAUUUCUUGAGGCCAAUGAUGAAGGAAUAUCAAUUUAUUCCAAACUCGAAGAUGAUUGAUGUUAAGGAUGGAGAAACUAUCAACGUGGAACUGGUUGGAAAACGUGUUGCAUACUCAGUUUUUGGAACAAUUACCUCCCUGAAUGGUGAAGCUUUCCCUCAGGUGAAUGUUGAAGCAGUGUCAGAUGAUAAAUGCUUGCAUCAUCAAGAAGAAGCUGCUACCGAAAACAAUGGUCAAUAUCGUAUUCGUGGACUGAAACCAGGUUGCACCUACACAAUUCGCACGAAAGAGGGUGCCAGCAAUCCAAACGUUGAACGAUCAAUUCCUGAAUCUCGCCAAGUAGAGCUGGGCUCAGCUGAUAUCCGCAAUGUGAAUCUAAUCGCCAUUUCACCCAUCACUUUUGUCGAUGUCACUGCUCGUGUGACAGCUUCCCUCAAUGAACAUUACAAAUCUCUGCGAAUUCAAAUGUAUCGUAAAGGCAGUGCUGACAGUCCUAUCUACUCACAACGUGUAGAAAGUCCUUUGAAUGUUAAGGGUCGCUUCAAUCCUGGUAUCAUGGUUUUCUUCCCACGCAUUCCUCUCGAUGGAAAGACUUACUUUGUUGAAUUGAAAACAACAAUUUCCGAUAAGUUAUACUCAUACACAUUACCCGUCGCUCAAUUUGUGGCCAACACAAGCUCCGUUUUUGUUGAGCUUGAUUUUAAGACAGAACCACGUAGUGUUGAAGGAGACUUAAACCAAAAUUCUAUUUCUGCUUUGGUUCUUGUUGCUCUGGUAGCAAUUGCUUUCUUCAAACAGGAUCUUGCAAUGGAUUUCUUGAACUUUGUCUGGAGUAGAUUGAAUGCUGUUGCACAAGACAUCGCUCAGCGUCAAAAUAAUAAUAAAAAGAAAGACGUUCGACAGAAUGAACCAAUCAAUUACAAAGAAAUCGAACAAAUGGCUGAACGUAUUAAUGCGAUCAAGGCCAAGAAGAAGACGAAAAAAAUAUAAGGUGUGGUAGUUUUUCUUUGUUAGUUAAAAAAAAAUACUGAUCUUUUUUUAAGUAAAAAAAAAAAUAAUAGUCAAACAGAAGUUAGUAGUAACUAUAAUGUUGUAACUUGUAAGGUUAUACCUUUUUUUUAAAUAAACGGUAUUAUGUAGAAUCCUUUUUGAGGAUUUCCUUGUAAA